AAAAUAUCAACAAAACAUGCGCCGAUAAAAACGUCCAUCGAUCAAAUAAUUUUAAAAUAUCAAAUUGCUGGGAAGUCGUCAAGGUAAUCGAAUAUAUUUUGCCCACAUUUUAAAGGGGUUUAUUGCACAAGCCCUUAGAAGCUGACAUGCAUAGAGUUCAACAUGUCCUACGAAACUUGGCUUAACUACUUACGAAGCGCUGAAAAGCAUUCUAUGAUUAGCGGUCGCUGUCGGAAGGUUUUCUAUAAAUUCCCUGAUGGCCAGCAAAUGUCUGAGGAAUACAGCAUGGAUACAGGCAUUGUGCAGCGAAGAGCAUGGCGAAAGUGUAAACAACUGAUGGGAGAACCAGAAUGGGAAAUUGAAUUGGGAGAAACGCCCCGCACAAUUAACCAAUGCAUAGGUGACGGCGAUGUAAACUCGGCUAAUGACUUUACGCUUUCAGAAAGUAACUGCUCACCGAUUUUAACAAAACGCAUCACAAAGAAAAACAUAGAGUGGCGAAUACGUAAUUUACCAUAUCCCAUUGAAGUGUACCAAGUUAGUGCAGAUCCGGAAAAAGGCUCAAUCGUUGUGCGGACCACUAAUAAAAAGUACUACAAAGUGAUCCCUGUGCCUGAGCUGGGCCGAUGUAAACUGCUUCCAUCUCAAGCAAAUAUUUCCACUCACCAUCAGUACAAUACACUAAUUAUAACAUAUAGCAAACCGCCGUUAUUAAAUGAAAUGGAGGCGCAGGUUUUGCUAUUAUUAAAGGACGUCAAAACAGAAACGGAUAUGGAGGAUUUACUGCAGGGGCUUUUAGCGAAAUAAAAAUACUUCAGUUUUUUUAAUACUUAUAUGAUAUUUAUGUAUGUACUAUUUAUAAUGUAUUUGAAACAUCUAUUGCAGGUAAUAAAUUUUCUGCUGACGUUAGAGAUCUAAUUGUUAUACCGAAA